UUUUUUAUUAGCCUGACUACCAUAUACCGUAUAUAAUUUAAGAAACAAUUCGAACUCAAAGCAAAAGAAAUAUAAUACGACCACAGGAAAAAAAAAUCAACCGGUUUAAAAAGAAAAAAAUGGGAAAGGUGGUAUGACGACAGCUCAUGACGAAAGACCACCUUGCAAAAGCCGGCAGGCCGAAUCUCUCCGAGUCUGGGAUGACAAGUACGACGACGCCAACGAAAUAAGUUUGAAUUUUUUAUACCAAAAUUUGAUUAAAAUGAUAAAAACUUGUAAAUAAAAUCAUAAAAUGAGAAUGAACAAAAAAGGGGGAAACAACAAAAAAAAGAAAAGAAAAGAAAAGUAACACAUCUGAGCAUCAGAUUUAAAAAGCUCGAUUUUUGGAAGCAUCAUGGACUAGCCAAUCAGAAACAAAAUUCCAAUUGCUUUCAUCAUAUGCUCAGAUCAGAUAUAUUAAUUAUGAACGAAUAAAAGAAGAUGAUGAAAAGAUACGCAAAGCAAGACGUUGUUCUUCCAAAAAAAUAAACCCUAACGCUGAAAGAGAGACAUAAACGAACUGCGAUACUGCUUUCUAUAGCCUGUUGUCGAACUUGACCAUUGUAUUUAUAGGGCGUAGGGAGAAAGAAGAAAACCCUAAUCACCUAUCUUUCGUAGCAAUAAAACGACAUCGUGUUGUAUAUGAUAUUAUUGUUAUUUUUUCUAAUGUCGUGUUUGGUAAUACGGUAAUCUAAAGGUCGGUUUAAGUGUCUGCUUUCUAUUCCCACCCUUCUGAGAUUUGGAAAAAAGUCCUAUUUCCGGCGGACAUCGAAAAAUCCAUCGACUUGGGAUAGUGGGGGCCAAAGGGGUAAAAGUUGUGUCUUCUUUCGCUGUUUUCAACAAAUUCCUGAGUGGGGUUGGUUUUUAAAAUCUUUUGUAACGCCAGUGAAGCAGAAAGAGACAUCGUAAGACUUUCUCUGCAACAAGUUUUCACAAUGAGUGCAGGUGGUGCGUUUGGUGGUAAUAGGGGAAUGAGACCAGUACCUCCAGAAAAAGGAAUCUUUCCUUUGGAUCAUAUGCAUUUGUGUGACCUGGAGAAGAAAGACUACCUUAAUUGCUUAAAAUCGUCAGGCCACCAAUCUGAACAAUGCAGAAGCUUCUCAAAAAAGUACCUGAAGUGCCGUAUGGAAAAGAACUUGAUGGCAAAACAAGACUUGUCUGAACUUGGAUUUCGUAAAGUAAAUGAAAAAGAAACACCUGGAGAGAAGGCUACUGAGAGGAUUGAACUUGGAAUUGGUAAAGAAAGUGACAAGGAAACACCUGGAGAGAAGGUUACUGAGAGGAUUGAUGAUCGAAGAUGAUAAUAGCUUGGGAUUGAAGAGAAUAGUAGUAGAGGGAGUGUGUCUAUUGGCUGGUGUUGAUUCUUUGGGGACUUUUUUUAGAACAUGGCCGGUAUAUAGUCUAUUUUGGAAGUACGUGUAAAGAAUCCUAGAAAUCGCAUAUGAUAUAGGUCUCAAGCAAAUGUGAAUUUGCAAAGUUUGAUUUUGAUUGA